CGUAAUCAGUCGUGUCCAAUCGAAGGCCGAGUGUUAAAAGGAGAGAGGGAGAGGAUUUAAAACUUUUCCCAAAGACGUUUUUACAAUAAGGCAGAAAACAAAGAUUUAGAGGAAGGUUUAACUCUGGUUUCUCAUUGAUUGACGAGCAUGUGAGCCGCCUGCAAACACCGUGGAGUCGAGUUUGGCCUCGCUGGAGAAAGAGAUCAACUUUAAGACAUGAGCAUCAAGCAACGGGACCUCAGGGUUUAAGAGGCGAUCACCAUGGCAACGCAGUUCAGUAUCGACGAUGCCUUUGUGUUGGAGGGAGACGAGGAGGGAGCUGUGGCCGAUGGCGAGGCGGAGGGAUGGAAGGGCCGAGACAAUGAAAAAGAAGGAGGAGAGAUGACGUUUGGUCCACUCACCUUCUCUAAACCUCAGACUCAACCUCUACCUGCUGCCACUGGCUCCCCUGAACACAGUAACCUGAAGUAUCAGAAUCUGGAAAAUGAAGACGCCUUUUGCAACAAUGGCAACUCCUCUUUCAAUAACUUUUUUAAAAUCAGUGACCCGGCCACACUGUCUUACUGCAGCUCCCAGUGGUCCUUCAGUACCUUAAGCUCCGUCACACAUCUUUCUGCACACUGCUGCGGGUGGGUGUCCCAUCCGCUGGUGAAAAAGAACAGAAGAGUUGUACUUGCUUCGUUCCUUCUCCUCAUAACUGGAGUUGCUCUUAUUUUCACAGGUGUGGUCAUACAGCUGAAUCCAAAUGCAGGAGUUUCAAGUGCUAUUUUCUUUGUUCCUGGAUUUCUUCUCUUCAUCCCUGGAGUGUACCAUGUGAUAUACAUCAGCUGCGCUGUCCGAGGGAGAAGAGGCUUCAAAUUGUUCUACCUGCCUUAUUUUGAAAAAUGACAUUUUAUGAGACACUAGUUUUCUCUGUUAUCUUAAAAUGAAUUGUAUUUUGUCACUUGUAACAAAACAUGGCUGUCACAUGUUUCACGUUGUUUUUUCUUGUCAUUGUUAUGACCACUAAUUUAACCACUCAGUGUCUGGAGUAUGUUUUCCACUAAAUGAACUGACGUUGUACAUGAAAAAGAAGGAGACUGGUCUUGCCUGUGUUUUUCUUGUGUGAAUAAUGACUGUGAAAUUACAAUAAAACUUUUGUAUAUUUUAA